AUGAGAGCAACCAAGCGCAAACAGAAGCGGUACUCGAACGGCCAGCGCAAGCAGCUCCUGUCUGAGUUUCGCGCGUCCAGCGCCACAAACGAACGCCAGUUCUGCCGUGAGAAGAAGAUCCCACGAGCGACAUGGCAGGACUGGCGUUCAAGAGAGCCGCGCAUCAUGGCGAGCAAACGCCACAGCCGCCAUGCGACAAUGGGGGGCCAAGGCCACCGUGAGAUCCUUCCGUUCAAAGAGGAGCUGUUAGCGUACAUGUGCGCCAAGCGUGGCGCCGAAGAACAUCUCAGGGUGUUCCACCUCAUGCGUUGGGUGAACAGCAACCAAAAGGCGUGGCUUGUGCAGUACCUGGGGUCCAAGCUGAACGAAGCAGUGGCGUACCAAUCGUUCCGCAGCCUCAUGCUGCGCUUCGCCGCUCGACACCGCUUCCGCCACCGUGUCCCGAGUGUCAGCAAGGUGACCCAAAAGGUGCUAGACGACGUGUGGUUGGGCAACGCCGUUCACUUUUGGUCGACGUACGGCCAUUACCCUCGCAGCCAAAUCCUGAACGUGGACGAGACCGGUGUGUUCUUUGACAUUACGACAGGAGGGUUCUUGAGGUAA